CCGAGGAAAGAGACUGAGAGAGCGAGAGAAUGGCUCGGAUAGUCUCUGUUUCAAUUCAUACCGUUCCUACCAUUUUGGACUAAAUCAAACCUUGUCGCAGGCAGUCCUCGCGUUUACUUUCUCAAAUCGGGCGAUGAACAGUCUAAAUGAAGGGUGAAUGCCAAACUAGAGAGAAAAAUACAAUCAAAAUGACAGUGGAUUUUGAAGAGUGUGUGAAAGAUUCCCCUCGUUUCAGGGCGACAAUUGAGGAGGUGGAGACAGAUGUCGUGGAAAUCGAGGCCAAGCUGGACAAGCUGGUGAAGCUGUGCAGUGGGAUGAUCGAAGCAGGGAGAGCGUACACCACGGCCAACAAACACUUCGUCAAUGGCAUCCGAGACCUUUCCCAGCAGUGCAGAAAAGAUGAGAUGAUAUCGGAGUGCCUCCAGAAGUUUGGAGAAAGCUUACAGGAAAUGAUUAACUACCACAUGAUUCUCUGCGAUCAAGCCCAGAGGUCUGUCAGGAUGCAGCUGCAUAACUUUGUGAAAGAAGAUGUUCGGAAGUUCAAGGAGACCAAGAAACAUUUUGAUAAAGUCAGGGAGGACAUGGAUCUGGCGUUGAUCAAGAAUGCUCAGGCCACCCGGAACAAAACCCAUGAGGUGGAGGAGGCGACGGGGACACUGACCAUGACACGGAAAUGCUUCAGGCACCUGGCACUCGAUUAUGUCCUUCAGAUUAAUGUCCUUCAGGCAAAGAAAAAAUUUGAAAUAUUAGAUGCGAUGCUGUCGUUCAUGCAUGCCCAGUACACUUUCUUCCAGCAAGGCUAUGACCUGCUUAAAGAGUUGGACCCCUACAUGAAAAAAUUGGCCACAGAGCUGGAUCAGCUUGUGAUUGACUCAGCGGUAGAGAAAAGGGAAAUGGAGCAUAAGCAUGCAAUGAUCCAGCAGCGGACUCUGUUACAGGACUUUUCGUAUGAUGAUUCCAAAGUUGAAUUCAACAUUGAUGCACCCAAUGGCGUCGUGAUGGAAGGUUAUCUGUUCAAGAGAGCAAGUAAUGCAUUUAAGACAUGGAACAGGAGGUGGUUUUCAAUACAAAACAGUCAGCUGGUGUAUCAGAAGAAGAUGAAGGACGCACUAACGGUUGUGGUCGAUGAUUUGCGGCUUUGUUCCGUCAAGCCCUGCGAGGAUAUCGAGAGGCGAUUUUGCUUUGAAGUUGUUUCACCAAAUAAGAGCUGUAUGCUGCAGGCAGACUCCGAAAAGUUACGACUGGCCUGGAUUCAGGCUGUGCAGGCCAGCAUUGCCACUGCAUACAGAGAAAGCCCGGACAAUAACUAUAUCAAUAGACUGGACAGAACUGCAUCUCCGUCGACGAGCAGCAUCGACUCUGCCAGCGACUCGCGGGACCGCAGUGUGAAAGGCGAGAGCAUCCUGCAGCGGGUUCAGGGCAUCGCGGGCAACGACCAGUGCUGUGACUGCGGCCAGGCCGAUCCCAGGUGGGCCAGCAUCAACCUCGGAAUAACACUGUGCAUCGAGUGCUCUGGAAUUCACCGGAGUCUUGGAGUUCAGUGUUCCAAGGUUCGAUCUCUCACAUUGGACUCCUGGGAGCCAGAAUUACUGAAGUUGAUGUGUGAACUUGGAAACAACACAAUUAACCAUAUUUACGAGGGCAGAUGUGGGGAGCAUGGACUGAAGAAACCACAGCCAACCAGCACAAGGCAGCAGAAGGAAGCCUGGAUCAAAGCCAAAUACGUGGAGAAGAAAUUCCUUAAAAAGCUGCCAAAUGCCGAAGCACUUACGGAUACCGAAAGGAAACCGCGGCGAUGGAGCGUCAAGAAGUGCCGACGACACAACAGCUCCACUAAAGCACCGACGGCCCGGCGGAGGUACCGGCAGGAUACCGGUAACGUGUCGCCGGCAACAUUUGCAGCCGCAGCGGCCCUGGAGAGAAAAUUUCGAAGAGAUUCGCUGUUCUGCCCUGAUGAGCUUGACUCACUCUUUUCUUACUUCGACACAACAGCAGGACCUCGCAGUCUGAGCAGCGACAGUGGACUCGGCGGGAGCACUGAUGGCAGCACCGACAUCCUGGUCUUCGGCACAGUUGUGGACAGUGUCACUGAAGAAGUGAGUGAAGUUUCGGAGGAAUCGAGUGGCGAGGCAGAGAUUGAGCCAGAAGCUUCCGACUCUGAAGAUCUCCGAGAACUACACCCUGGGAUCCUGGUGUACAAGGCAGCUCAGGCCCGCAAUCUGGCAGUCAUGGCCGAGGCACUGGCACACGGGGCUGACGUCAACUGGGUCAACGAUGAAGAUGAAAAUAAAACCCCGCUGAUCCAAGCAGUCAUUGGGGGUUCACUUGUCGCUUGUGAAUUUCUACUGCAGAAUGGUGCUGAUGUAAAUCAAAAAGACAUCCAUGAGCGUGGCCCGAUUCACCAUGCUACCUACCUGGGACACACUGGCCAGGUAUGUCUCUUUCUCAAGCGAGGAGCCAAUCAGAACGCAGUGGAUGAUGACGGGCAGGAUCCACUCAGCAUUGCUGUUCAAGCUGCCAAUGCUGACAUAGUGACACUGCUGCGAUUAGCGAGGAUGAAUGAGGAGAUGCGGGAGACGGAAGGCCCGUUUGGCCAGCCAGGUCAAUAUCCUAGCAGCAGUCCCACUGAGCUUCAGUACAGGAAAUGCAUACAGGAGUUUAUCAGUCUUAAGAUAGACGAAUGCUAGGAAAACAGCCCUGACUGGGUGAUGUAACUGGGCCUCUUUCUUGACUGUGUUUUCUCAUGGGUGGUGUUUAGGGGCGGUGGGCUAUUUCUUCCAUGACUGUGUUGGUGAAAGAGGAAAAGGAAGAGCACUUAGGUUUUGUGUUGUGUGAACAGACAUCUGGCCUUCACAAUUUUUCAGUUUUACUGUGACCACUCUAAAGCAUGGAAUUUCAUAAUUCAGAAACAUUACACACCAUUAUUAAGGGUUAGUAGUGGAGCAUUCUUCAUCUUAGUUGGUGAACUCCUUCCCUUGCACAGCACUGGCGCACAAAACUAGCAGGGUGUGGAGUCUUUACUGAAGUGUCUCACGUCAGUCUAUGGGAGUGAACCAGACUCACGUCCCCAUCUCUGGCCUCAGAGUACUGGUUUCCCAUUCCUGAUAGCAACCUAGUGACUCCAGUAGGAUGUGUUGUAGACUUAGGUACAGGAAGGGGCUUGGCAGUGAUUUCUAUGCCAGUCAGUUUGCCAGUGGCCACUGUCUCAGUGAUGCAUGAGCAUUGGAGAGUUGCUGGCUGCUGUGUAACUGUACACCAAGAGUCAGUGAUGUCCACAGUGGAGGGAGAGAAGGGAAGGAAGCUGCAACUGGGGUUUUGAGUUUAUGAAACAGCCUUCAAAUAAGAAUUGAAAGCCUUUGUCUCCAGUUAAAUGUGAAAACGAGUUCCUGUGGACUAUGGACUUGAAAUAUUGGUCUAUAGCUCUCAUGAAAUAGUUAACUUAUGUUUAUUAUUAAAAAUUGAUCACCUCCAAGGACUUGGUUUAGUUUUAAAAGACACCCACUUUAAAUAUAGUUUAUCUUGGUUCUCUUUGGUAAAAUCCUGGGCAGGAUCGUCCCCACCCUUUGCGGGUCUGACAUGUUACUAAUCUUACCCAGGACUAGUGGCCUUGCCAUCUGCAUUGUUGGCAUCGGAGUAUCCCAUGGAAGACACCGAUGUGUGUGGGUUUCCUUUGGCUCCUUUGAGCUGGAGAUGGUCAUCACAAGUUCUAUGGGUACAUCCCUAUGUUUGUAGGUCUCCAAGCUGAGAGAAGGAGUAAGACUCGGAAAACAUUACAGAGAAAUGAUGAUUUUUGUUUCAAAAAGCAUAGGUUUAUUUGAGAUUCUUUGUUUCAAAGGGAGGUUGUUCACAUGUCACCAAAUAAAGUUGAGCAAAACCUUCUCUGCUUUCACCAGCAAUGUCUUGUCAAUGUACAGGCCUAAUUACUUGUGACACUGUCUGCUGGGUUUACAUGAGAAACCUGGAACACAGUGCUCUGACUUGGUUGCAAUGGUGCUGCAGGAUUUGUUGCCUUGGUUAGAGGGAAUAUCCAUUCAGGCACAUUAGAAAGAUUUAGCAGUAAAAGUGUGCUAAGCACAACGUUGUCUCACAGGACUCACUUUAAGUAACAUCAGCAGUUUAUGAAUAGCCAUUUUAACUGCCCAUUGAAUUAUUAUUAAAUAACUUGAAGAAACUAAAUAUUACUUUAUAUGAUAUUCAUCUUUUCUACAGUAAUAUGUAUUUGUGGAAAUGCAAAGGAAUAGGGAGGUGUUGAGCCAUUUGAACUUUAAUCAUUCAAACACUGCUUUACUGAGAUGCUGCAUCUAGUAACCAGAACCUGAGCAGUUCUGAAGGAACUUGAUGGUUGUCUGCAAUUGGGUUCCAUGGUGACACUGACCUUAUCUUUUAAUCUUGAUGGUAAUUAUUAUUGACAGACCAGGUGACCUUCAGUAAAAGAAUAGGAUUGAUUCUGGCUUUGUGCCUGUACAGUAGGUGGUGUGUGUGGAUGAUAUGUAUUGCUUGGUUUUCUUUAAAAAGCUGGUUACAAGUCUCUUUCAAGAAACAAAAGUCACACUUUUUGGGGGGUGGGGAAGUUGUGUAAAUAUUUAAAAUUUUGUUCUGGUUGGGACAAUUUAUUUAAAAUGAAAUAGAAUAUGAAUUAGAUUAUAUGUAUAAAGCAACUUGGUGCACUUUUCCUACCUUACAGUAUUGUUUUCUGUUACACUUUGUGAAUUCUCUCAACAGUGGAAGUGUUGUUUUAAGUGUUUAUUUAUAUGAAUUGCCCAGAGGAAUAGUGCAAUGAAAAAGAAACCAAUACAGGUAACUGUGUUUAUUGUUGAUGUGUUUUUCUUUUGUAACACCAUAGAGUGUAUUUUUUUAAAUUGACACACUUUGUUUUGUAUUGGCACAGUACAGACAUAAAAUGUCUGAGCUUUUAUUUAGAGCGAUGCACCGGUGCAGAUUUCUAUUGCGUUGUUUAGCAUAGAUCAUCAGAGCACACAGCAAGUUCUCAAAAGGUCAAUUUUAUUACGUUUUGUGAAAGCUGCUUGAUUUGCCACAAAGCCUCAGCCUCCUGGAUAACAACAGGUACAAUUUUAACAAAAGAAAAAGCAAAAAAUAUCUACAAUUUGAAAGUCUUUCUUGUACUUUUGUGUAUGGAACACUUUUUAAAUUGGUUUGUCAUAUCUGACAUCUCCAAAUAAACGCUGUGCAUAGCAUUGUUUCAUACUCUAAUGUGAGAGGCUUACAAGUUGGUAAAAUGUGUCUUUGGGCAGAAAGGAACAAAAUAAAACUCCUUUCCCCACCCCACCUCCUCCCAGAACUCAGUGGGCUUGCUAUUUCUCUAUUCAGCAGUGUAAGAAUACCCAGAGCUUUCUCACACUACUGCCGUCCACAGGGAGAGAAGCAAGUAGAAUGGCUCGGUAAGCCCAGCAUAAACAGGAAAGUGAAUGAACAUUAACCACACACCCUUCACCUCCCUAUCACCUCAAACAAGAGUUCACAGAGGGGGACUCCCAGCUUACUGCACUGUAGUGCAGCAUGUUCAGCUGUAUCUUUUCCCAGGAAACUUGAAGAUUCAGAAGUGAACUUCCACAGGUAUUGAUCCUGAUUGAGGAAUUCCCAGUGGCCAGGCCUACUUUAUGAUAAGAUAUUUAUUUAUUAGUAACAUGUACAUCGACACAGUGAAAUGCAUCUUUUUGCAUUACUGAGAAUGUGCUGGGGGCAGCCCGCAAGUGUCACCACUCUUCCAGCACCAACAUAGCAUUCCCACAGCUCCUAAACUGUACAUCUUUGGAAUGUGGGAGGAAACCAGAGCACCCGGAGGAAACCUAUGCAGACACGGGGAGAAUGUACAAACUCCUUACAGACAGCAGCAGGAAUUGUACCCGGGUCGCUGGUGCUGUAAUAGUGUCAUGCUAACUGCUACACUAUCAUGCUGCCCCAAUAUUGGUGAGAAUGGCCUCCUCUUCGACUCUUGGAUAUUUGUCUCCUCCAACUGAAACAGGAUUGGACAAAAGGCUCCUCUCUUCUGCUAUGCCAUUUCAAUAUCCUUGUCCUGUGUCCACUUUCCUAUCUGAUCUCCAAAGCCUUGACACCCUCAGUGUCUACAUCAAUUUCAUCCUUGAAGAUAUGAUAAGGCCACUUGCCACCUCACACCUGCAUAUGGCCAAUCUUACACCUCGGGGCCACUCUCCUGCACCAACUCCGUCUCUCUUCCUGGGGCAAACUCACUGCUUCACCAGCUAUUUUGAUGUUUUAAUUCUGUCCCUGUUGUAUUGUCAUCUUACAUCAGCCUUGAGAGAUAAGAUCCAAAUAGUGUGGUCAAAAGUAAAGCCAGCUUGUUUAUAAUGCAUGGGUAUAUAAUCUGUUGCCUGUGCAGCCACUGCCCAAGUAGUUUAAUAUCUUUUGCAUCGUUUCUCUACAUGAAAUGAAGGAAACAAUUCAAACCAUUCUCAUAAGAUCACCCUUAACCUCACUAGUUAACACAGAUUAGUCAUUAUCUGGGGAAGGGAUGGAAUUGUCCAUGUCAGGGUUAACUCUGAUAGUUACCUGCAGGACUACAGUCACCAGUGAGCCAGACUAUCUCCCACACCUCACCCUUGAGCUCAGUGCAGAUUGGAGCCCCAAUCCCAAGCCCUUUACAUUUGCUCCAAUUCAUUCUUCAUUCAAUCAAGCUCCCCCAACCUCCUAUCCCAACACUGAGGGAGGCAACCCUGCAUGUUACCAGGUUCUGUGGCUGCCCACCUGGGACCAUUGCAGCAUGUAGUUCUUGCAGUGCUGCAACCAAUGGAGGAGAGUCCAUACUACAAAUGUUCCAUGUGGGUCAGGCCUGGGCAACUCUGCAAACCACCCACCC